AUUUCAUAAUUGGAAAAAUAAAAUUUUUUAUUUGGCACAGUUAAAUUUUCAACAAAGUGAUGCUGUAUAAUUUGAAAGCUGAAACUUCAAAUACUGCAUCCUUCAAUUUCUGCAUAUAAAAUAGCAACUCAUCAGCAAGUUCCAGGGCAGACAGGUUCCAACUUAACCUAAUUAACCUGUUCACUUCUUCUCUGUAAACAUGGAAUCUCUAACCUUCUCAUCACCUUCAAAGAUGGGAGUACUUGCUUUGUCCCCAACAAAGGUGGGAGCACCAGCUUCCACCAUGUCUGUCCAUUUUCAUCCUCCUUCUGCUUCUGUUCGCCUGAAAAUUUAUUGCCAGAAAACUGAAGCUUCUGCCGAGACCUUACACAAAAGGCUGCCUCCAGGGCCUAUGAAACUGCCUAUUAUUGGAAACCUGCACAACUUAGCAGGUGGACAGCCUCAUCAUGUUCUUGCUGAACUCGCCAAGGAAUAUGGACCCCUUAUGCACCUGCAACUGGGUGAAAUUUCUGCUGUUGUUGUAUCAAACCCCAGAAUGGCUCAAGAGGUGAUGAAGACACAUGAUCUUAUCUUUGCACAGAGGCCAGAAAUUCUUGCAUCUAAAAUAGUAACAUAUGGUGGUUUAGACAUCGCUUUCUCUCCACUUGGUGACUAUUGGAAGCAGAUGAAAAGGCUUAGCUUGACAGAACUCUUGGGGCCUAAAAGGGUUGCAUCAUUCUCUUCUCUUCGUGAAGAUGAGGUCUCAAAACUCAUAGAUUCAGUUGAGAGAUCUGCAGGGAGAGUGAUUAAUUUCAGCGAAAAGAUUUUCCAUCUGACAAAUGUGAUAACCUGCAAAGCAGCAUUUGGAGACGAAUGCGAAGAUCAGGACACAGUCAUAGCACUGACCAAGGAAGCAACACAAUUGGCAGGAGGUUUCGGUAUAGCUGAUUUGUAUCCUUCUGUUGAGUUCCUUCACGUAAUCAGUGGAGUCAAAGGCAAAUUAGAGAGACUUCGAGAUGAAUUGGGCAGAGUCUUCGGCAAUAUCAUAGAUGAACACAAGAAAAAACUGAUGAGCAAAAGCAGCAGUGAACUUGAAUCAGAGAAAGAAGACCUUGUUGAUGUUCUCCUAAAGCUUCAAGGAAGUGGCAAACUUCAGUGUCCUGUAACAUCCAACAGCCUCAAAGCUGUCAUUCUGGAUUUGUUCACUGCUGGAACAGACACUUCUUCAACAACAGUAGAAUGGGCAAUGUCGGAAAUGAUCAAAGAUCAAAGAGUUCUGAAGAAAGCGCAGGAUGAAGUAAGGGAAGCUUUUAAAGGGAAGAAAACAAUCCGAGAAUCAGAUGUUCAGCAAUUGAAAUACUUGCCCUUAGUUCUAAAAGAAACUCUAAGGCUACAUCCUCCAGCACCAUUGCUGCUUCCAAGAGAAAGCAGUCAAAGUUGUGUGAUUGAUGGGUAUGAACUGCCUGUGAAAACCAAGGUCAUAGUCAAUGCAUGGGCAAUAGGGAGAGAUCCAGAGAGUUGGCCUGACGCUGACACAUUUAAACCAGAAAGAUUCAUGGAAAGUUCAGUGGAUUUUAAAGGGAUGGAUUUUGAGUUUGUCCCAUUUGGAGCUGGAAGAAGAAUUUGCCCAGGCAUAGCAUUUGGUCUGGCAAAUAUGGAGCUUCCUCUUGCAAGGUUACUAUACCAUUUUGAUUGGAAGUUGCCAGAAGGAGUCACCCCAGAAAAUUUAGACAUGACAGAAGCCUUUGGAGCCACAGUUGGAAGAAAGAAUGGUUUGCAGCUGAUUCCAAUUCCUUACAAGCCCUCCAUGGAUGAUUCUUCCCAACUCUUGGAGGCCAUGAAAGUUCUCAAUUAGUUGAUCCAGACAAAAAAAAAAAAUUCAUUUUCAGUUCCUUUUACAUCUUUCAUUACUUGAUUAUAUUACAUAAGGCUUUGAAACUUGAAAUGCAGCAAUCUGUAAUAACUUACUAAUUAACGGUUGCAUCACUUAGAAAAUAAAUAUUAUUGUCUCUUCUCUCCUA